CCUCUUCAGAGGGCAUUAUUCACUUCAGGAAGUCCAUUCAGAAGGUGCUGAGCAUAAGAAGGAGAGAAGCCAGGAUGGCAGCAGACAUGGCUCCUGAGGAAAAGCCGAGCACUGCUCCUGUGAAAAGGGCUGCCCACAAGAUCCGAAUGGCCAGCCACGUCUUCAGCUUGGCACGAGGCUGGCAGCAGUGGGCAUCUGACCACCACGUAAAGCAAGAGCAAGAGCCCUCUGGAUGGGUCCCCACUGCAGAAAGCUCAUCAGGUCAGCCUGUACAAGAAAGUUCCUUUGAAAAAUGGCAAAUUCCAUCUGUCAAGAGGGACCACGAAAAAGAUGAUGAAAAAUCCUUAGCAAAGGGAUCAGUGACAAUAAGAGAUGCUGAAAAAAAAUCAAGAGAAUCAGAUGAAGACCUCAAAAUGUUCAGCAUUAAAAGCAAAGAGGUGACCAAAACAGUUGUCAGCAAAGCCUACGAACGAGGGGGAGAUAUCAGCCUCCUCAGUGAAAGAUAUGAGAACAACAACAGCAGCUCCGAGAUGACCAAACUCAAAGAAGAAUCAAGUGCUAUUGACAAACUUCUUAGUUGCAAAUUACCUUCAACCAUAAGGAGGAAGUGUUCAAAUGUGGUGUCAGAGCUGACCAAGGGCUGGGAGAAGAUGGAAGAAGAGGACAAAGACGGGGGCAAGGGAGAGCUGCUGCUGAAGUGCCGUGAUGACAGCCUGGAUGCCCAGGACAGUGGCUAUGGGGAAGCAGAGGACAAGCUCGAGCAGGACGACAGUGACCGGGAGGUGAUGGCCGCGAGGAUUAAACGGCCUGUCCCAUCUCUCGGCAGCCGGCUGAGCGAGGAGGCGCGCAGCAAGGCGCGCAGGAAGUGCAGCGCCGUGCACAGCCUCAAGGACAGGUGGCAGGAAUGGGCUGACCAGCACAUCAUAACCCAGAAGCUCAACCCCUUCAGCGAGGAGUUUGACCACGAGCUGGCCAUGUCCACGCGCCUGCACAAAGGAGACGAAGGAUACGGCCACCCAAAGGAAGGAACCAAAACUGCUGAGAGAGCCAAGAGGGCCGAGGCCCACAUCCACCGGGAGAUCAGGGACAUGUGCUUCAUCAUCGAAUCGAUGGCCAAGCCACGGCCCGACGGCAAGAUCCAAGUCACUUUUGGGGAACUCUUCGACAGAUACGUCCGGAUUUCAGAUAAGGUUGUUGGGAUUCUGAUGAGAGCCAGGAAACACAGGCUGGUGGACUUUGAAGGAGAAAUGUUAUGGCAAGGAAGAGAUGACAAUGUCAUAAUUACUUUACUAAAAUAAGUUAGGCUAUAACCAGAAGAGCUUUUAGAAAACUUUUCUCCUUCUUUUCCAUUAGCAUUUGCACAUUUUGAAUAUAAGAUUGCCCUGUUCACCACAUGUAAAAGAGUAUUUUUUGAAAUAUGUAUUUUUUAACUAGUGCAUGAUAACCCAAACAUCCAAAUGGACUUUAUUUUGUACCAGAAGUGCUUGCACGACAAUUAAGUUAAUUACUACAAAAAAAAAAAAAGGAGAAUAAUCUAUACAGAAUAUAAGCAGCUGAUGAUAAAAGCCCAUAGAAACAUAAAUAGCUACGAACUAAUUUCAAUUUCUUCUUCGUGUUACAUUAAGAUAUUCCCAACCUGCUUAAACUGGAAUAUCAGGAAUAUGAAACAUGCCAGAUGAGAAGCUGAAUGACAAUAUAAAAGUUUUCAGACAAAGUUUUUGAUCUGAAAAAUGGUCUUGUGCAUGCACUUCCUAAUUAAUUGAUUUAAAUACAAGUAGAAUGAUCUUAUUUUAAUACAGAUCAAGGAUACAUCUGUUUUCUUUACAAGCACAGUAUGCAACUACUACUGCAGUAUUAUCUUGUUGAUACAACUGUUGAGACAGCUUUUUCUCACAUAUCGCAUUAAAAAAUCCUUCUUUUUAUAAAUGGGGUUUUAUAUAUUUAUUGUAUUUCUACAACUAAUUUUUUAGAUUGUUUCAUAUUUAAACUUGUGGAGGUUGUAAUGUAAUGAAUAAAAAAGUUUUUAUUAGAUAGCCAUCUAAAAAAUACCUUCUAUGCAACAUUGUGCAAUGUCUCAAUGUCUCAUCUGAUUAUCUAUGUAGAUACUGUUCUUAUUAAUACAGGGAAAAAUAAUACAUAACAUAUAAAAACUAGGCAGGUACUUCUACUUUUGCAUACAGCAAAAAAAUGACUAACAUCCUCUUCAAAUGAAAUGUAGCAUCUGUGAGAAAAGAGAGAAACAGCAUUCCUAACUUUGAGGAAAAUGUUGUUCCACAUUACACAGAAAUACUGACCUAACUUUAUAGCAUUUGCCAUUCUAGCGUCACUGAAAUAAUGUAUUUCAGCCCGGGUGAUACCAAAGAGGACUAAAUGCUAAUGAACUAACGCUUCUAGGACUUAAAAUUGUAUUUUCACAAAUCUGAGAUCUCUGUAAGGUCUCUGCUACUUACUGGAUUUGAGAGAUCAGUUUCUACUGUAAAAAUAGCUGUCCUGGUAAAAUGUGUGUGCUUCACAUGAAAAGCAUUUGCUUCAGAGCAGAUGCCUGGGUAAGUAAUGAAAACUAAGUGGUUUUUUCCCCCUUAAGAUUCUUUCAAACUGAAAGAGCAAAUAUCUUUUUACAGAAGUAGAGGUGUAUUAACAUCUUGUCUCUGAUAAAACAAAUACUGCUGUCUUAUUAUGAGUACAGGUAUUCCAAGCUGAGGCUUCAAUGUACAAAUAAACCAAACAUUUUAUAACUUCAUUAUAUGAGAACUGACUACCACAUCUAUUCUAAAUCUAAGUAAAUCAUUAAUACCUUAGACAUAGUUAAAUUAUGUGACUCUACAGAAGAAAAAAAUAAUUGUAAGAUGGAUUGAUAAUUGAGUUUAUUUAAUAUUUUCUUGCGAUCUCAGACUACUCAAGUUGACCUACAAAACUGAUCUCUUAGUGUAUAUAAUACACUAAGUAUUACUUAGUGUAAGUACUUUUGUAAUACUUACAUAUCAUAAUUUUUACCUGCA